AUGUAUUUGGAAAACUCUGUUGCCAUGGGGCUCUAUAAAUUUCGGAAAAAUGAGUGUCUUAAAAACGAUUGCGAUUUAGUGGAAUACUUUUUGGUGAACCCAUUCAGUGCCUUGUCCUAUGAAGAUAAAUUGAUUGUGAAAAACAAACGUCCGACACCGACAUUGAAAAAUCUGAUUGUAACAGGUAACAAACAAAAUCGUUCAUUCAAUUCUGAUAAUUAUAAAAAAUAUAUCUGGCUGACGGGAUCUGAGGUAAGGAAUAAGCUAUUUUGUUGGUACUGCGUAUUAUUUUCAACCGAUAAAUCAUCAUGUUGGGGACGAUUAGGAUAUAAUGAUUUGAAAAAUUUGCCUCGCGGAUUGGAUAGACACUGCAAAUCACAGGAACACAUCUCUUCAAAUAUUAAAUUCAGGUUAACUGGUAAACAGAAUGUCAUUGAAGCUAUUGAUUUGGAUUCAAUAUCCAGAACGGUAGUAGUUCGUAAGGAUCUCGGACAGAACUUGAACGCAAAGGCGUACACCACAACUGUUCCGAAGGAAGCUGCAAAGAUCACCGUAACCGCUCCGGCGUACACCACAACCAACCCGAAGAACGCUGCGAAGAACACUGUAACUGCUCCGGCGUACACCACAACUGUUCCGAAGAACGCUGCAAAGAUCACCGUAACCGCUCCGGCGUACACCACAACCAACCCGAAAAACGCUGCAAAGAUCACCGUGACCGCUCCGGUAUACACCACAACCAUUCCGAAGAACGCUGCUGAGAUCACCGUAACCGCUCCGGCGUACACCACAACCAACCCGAAGAACGCUGCGAAGAACACCGUAACCGCUCCGGCGUACACCACAACUGUUCCAAAGAACGCUGGAGAGAUCACCGUAACCGCUACGGCGUACACCACAACUGUUCCGAAGAACCCUGCAGAGGUCACCGUAACCGCUCCGGCGUACACCACAACUGCACCAAAGAACGCUGCAGAGAUCACCGUAACCGCUCCGGCGUACACCACAACCGUUCCGAAGAACGCUGCAAAGAUCACCGUAACCGCUCCGGCGUACACCACAACUGUACCGAAGAACGCUGCAGAGAUCACCGUGACCGCUCCGGCGUACACCACAACCAACCCGAAGAACGCUGCGAAGAACACUGUAACCGCUCCGGCGUACACCACAACUGUUCCAAAGAACGCUGGAGAGAUCACCGUAACCGCUCCGGCGUACACCACAACCGUUCCGAAGAACGCUGCAAAGAUCACCGUAACCGCUCCGGCGUACACCACAACUGUACCGAAGAACGCUGCAGAGAUCUCCGUGACCGCUCCGGCGUACACCACGACCAACCCGAAGAACGCUGCGAAGAACACUGUAACCGCUCCGGCGUACACCACAACUGUUCCAAAGAACGCUGGAGAGAUCACCGUAACCGCUCCGGCGUACACCACAACUGUUCCGAAGAAUCCUGCAGAGGUCACCGUAACCGCUCCGGCGUACACCACAACUGCACCAAAGAACGCUGCAGAGAUCACCGUAACCGCUCCGGCGUACAUCACAACCGUUCCGAAGAACGCUGCAAAGACCACCGUAACCGCUCCGGCGUACACCACAACUGUACCGAAAAACGCUGCAGAGAUCACCGUAACCGCUCCGGCGUACACCACAACCAAACCGAAUAACGCUGCGAAGAACACUGUAACCGCUCCGGCGUACACCACAACUGUUCCAAAGAACGCUGGAGAGAUCACCGUAACCGCUCCGGCGUACACCACAACUGUACCAAAGAACGCUGCAGUGAUCACCGUGACCGCUUCGGCAUUCACCACAACCAUUCCGAAGAACGCUGCAAAGAUCACCGUGACCGCUCCGGCAUACACCACAACCAUUCCGAAGAACGCUGCAGAGAUCACCGUAACCGCUCCGGCGUACACCACAACUGUUCCAAAGAACGCUGGAGAGAUCACCGUAACCGCUCCGGCGUACACCACAACUGUUCCGAAGAACCCUGCAGAGGUCACCGUAACCGCUCCGGCGUACACCACAACCAACCCGAAGAACGCUGCGAAGAACACCGUAACCGCUCCGGCGUACACCACAACCAACCCGAAGAACGCUGCAAAGAUCACCGUAACCGCUCCGGCGUACACCACAACUGUUCCGAAGAACGCUGCAGAGGUCACCGUAACCGCUCCGGCGUACACCACAACCGUUCCGAAGAACGCUGCAAAGAUCACCGUGACCUCUCCGGUAUACACCACAACCAUUCCGAAGAACGCUGCUGAGAUCACCGUAACCGCUCCGGCGUACACCACAACCAACCCGAAGAACGCUGCCAAGAACACCGUAACCGCUCCGGCGUACACCACAACCAACCCGAAGAACGCUGCAAAGAUCACCGUAACCGCUCCGGCGUACACCACAACUGUUCCGAAGAACGCUGCAGAGGUCACCGUAACCGCUCUGGCGUACACCACAACCGUUCCGAAGAACGCUGCAAAGAUCACCGUGACCGCUCCGGUAUACACCACAACCAUUCCGAAGAACGCUGCUGAGAUCACCGUAACCGCUCCGGCGUACACCACAACCAACCCGAGGAACGCUGCGAAGAACACUGUAACUGCUCCGGCGUACACCACAACUGUUCCGAAGAACGCUGCAAAGAUCACCGUAACCGCUCCGGCGUACAAAACAACCCAUUCGGAGAACGCUGCGAAGAACACCGUAACCGCUCCGGCGUAUACCACAACCGUUCCGAAGAACGCUGCAAAGAACACCGUAACCGCUUCGGCGUACACCACAACUGUUCCGAAGAACACCGUAAUUGUUUCAGAUCAAUGA